GUUGAGAGCCGCGGCGUCAAGCGUCAACGCACCUCCACCGCGGCCGACGACGACGACGACGACGAUGACAAGCCUGGUCGCGAGCGUCGCAAGAUCGAGAUCAAGUUCAUCCAGGAUAAGUCGCGUCGUCACAUCACCUUCUCCAAGCGGAAGGCCGGUAUCAUGAAGAAGGCAUAUGAACUAUCCGUCCUCACAGGCACACAAGUGCUGCUGCUUGUUGUCUCCGAGACUGGUCUUGUCUACACAUUCACAACGCCCAAACUCCAGCCGCUCGUGACCAAGCCAGAAGGCAAGAACCUCAUUCAGGCCUGCUUGAACGCGCCCGAACCCGCCGAUAGCAACGGUGUGGAUGGCGAUGGCUCUGCAGUCGACUCACCAGAAGAGCAACAAGCCGCGCCGCCGCCCAUGCCACAAAGCAUGCCACAGCAGGGCAUGCCGCGAAAUCAGCCCCAACAGCCGUACAUGACCGCCGACCAGCAACAAGCACUUCAAUAUCAAGCCUAUCUGCAGCAGCAACAGGCCGCGCAACAAGGCGCGUAUCCAAUGCCGCCGCAG